GCCAAUAUGCAUUGCGCAAACGGGCCACUGUAUGUAUCCUGACGUCCUACGACUAAACUGUCGCAAACGUAGAGUCGUUUUACGGCUGCUGAAAAAAUCCACACGUGUUUGUUUUCUUACACUCGGAACGGCUGGAGUUGAUUCACUAAGAUGGCAAAAAGCCUACGCAGUAAAUGGAAACGGAAAAUGCGAGCGGAAAAAAGGAAGAAGAACGAACCGAAGGAGCUGGCGAGGCUAAAAGCUACGCUGGGCCAUGGUGGGAACGGCGAUAUCAGCAUGAAGGACGUGGAGCAAAUCGCUACUGUGGUGCCGGUGGAGAAGCUUAAAGCAAAGGCGGUGGACAUGGAGAUGCAAGGAGAGGACGACGUGUCAACUAUGGAUAUGGACAGCAAACGGAAAAAGAAGACCCAGCUGGACGAACACGGACAGUACCCGACGUGGAUGAACCAGAGGCAGAUGAAAAAACUAAAAGCCAAACGCAAAGCAAAGAAAGGAAAACCCAAGACUAAGAAGGGACUAGCUUGGUAAAAACUCUUUGGACAAGAGACUGAAUUCACAGAAUACUAAUGAUCUGCAUUGAAAUAUGCAAAAUUCACACUGUUAUAUUGCCCUUUUAAUGGAUGUAAAGAGUGAUCUUUGUUUUUCAGAAGAUGUAUAAUACAUGUUCAAAUGGGCUUUCUAAACAGAUUCAUGGUUUUUCAGUAGGAUAUACAGAAUUAAAGAACAUUAAAUUCCUUAAA